GCAGGCUGCGCGGCCGCCCGUGAGCUCCCCGAGCCGGGCCCGGGCACCAAGUCCGACCCGGAGCCGAGCUGGAGUUGCCGCGGCCAGGUAAGGGGGAGUGCGGGGCCCGCAACCAGGGUCCGCAUCCAGGCCAGCGGGUUGCGCCCCUGCCUCCCUGCGUCUCCGAGGAAGUUCGCCGGCGUGGCGGAUGCAGCAAUCCAAGCUCGCGGCCCGCCGCCCCGGGUCCUGUCCCGGCACCUUCGGCACACGGAUCGCUCCGGCCUCUGAGCCCCCGGCCCCGGACUGCGUGUCCUCUGGCUGCGAUUCGGGGCCCGGCCCUGCGCAGUGUUUGUCAGAAGGCCAGAGAUUGCCGCAGGGCCUGAUGAUGAAGCUGAGCGGACUGUGCUGGCCCCUGUCCUGCCUCCUCGUGCUGCUGCCCUGGCCUCUGGCCACUGCAACACCAACGACCCUUUGGCAGUGCCCACCUGGGGAGGAGCCCGAUCUGGACCAGGGUCAGGGCACAUUAUGCAGGUCCUGCCCCCCAGGCACCUUCUCCAUCUCCUGGGGCUCCAGCCCAUGCCAGCCUCAUGACCGCUGCAGCCUUCGAAGGAGGCUGGAGGUCCAGGCUGGCACUGCAACCCAGGAUACACUAUGUGGAGGCUGCCAGCCUGGGUGGAUUGGGCCUCGGGGGGUUCCCCACAUUCCAUGUCAACCAUGUUCCUGGGCAUCUCUGAGCACUCCUGGCUGUAAUGAGUGGGGGCGGCGGGCCCGACGUGGCGUGGAGGUGGCAGCCGGGUCCAGUGGCGGUGGUGAGACUCAGCAGCCGGGGAACGGCACACGGGCCGGUGGCCCUGAGGAGACGGCUGCUCAGUAUGCGGUCAUUGCCAUCGUGCCCAUCUUCUGCCUCAUGGGGCUCCUGGGCAUCCUGGUGUGCAACCUGCUCAAGCGGAAGGGCUACCACUGCACGGCGCACAAGGAGGUCGGGCCCGGCCCUGGAGGUGGAGGCAGUGGGAUCAACCCUGCCUACAGGACUGAGGAUGCCAAUGAGGACACCAUUGGGGUCCUGGUGCGUCUGAUCACAGAAAAGAAAGAGAAUGCGGCGGCCCUGGAGGAGCUGCUGAAAGAAUACCACAGCAAACAGCUGGUGCAGACAAGCCACAGGCCUGUGCCCAGGCUCCCGCCGGCCUCCCCCAGUAUGCCACACAUCUGCCCUCAUCGCCACCACCUCCACACCGUGCAGGGCCUAGCUUCACUCUCUGGCCCCUGCUGCUCCCGUUGUAGUCAGAAGAAGUGGCCCGAGGUACUGCUGUCCCCUGAGGCUGCAGCUGCUACUACUCCUGCUCCCAGCCUUCUGCCCAACCCAGCCAGGGCUCCCAAGGCUGGGGCCAAGACAGGACGUCAGGGCGAGAUCACCAUCUUGUCUGUGGGCAGGUUCCGCGUGGCUCGAAUUCCUGAGCAGCGGACAAGUUCAGCAGCAUCUGAGGUGAAGACCAUCACGGAGGCUGGGCCUUCGGGGGGUGAUCUCCCUGACUCCCCACAACCUGGCCUCCUGCCGGAGCAGCAAGCACUGCUGGGAAGUGGUGGGAGCCAUACGAAGUGGUUGAAGCCCCCAGCAGAGAACAAAGCUGAGGAGAACCGCUAUGUGGUCCGGCUAAGUGAGAGCAACCUGGUUAUCUGAGGGGCUGCCUACUUUAAGGACACUCAAACCUGCCUUGGGAGGUUCUGAAGGCUUCCUGGAUGAGGAAGAGCUACAGCUGGGACUGUGAGGACCAAGAAGCGAUGGCCCAGCAGGCAAAACAGCAAAGGCCAAGGCCUGGAGGUGGGACCGUCCGCCCCAGUGAGGAGGCAGGCAGUUGGCGGGCACUGUGUGAAGGAGCAGAUUGAGAGCCUGGCCCCUGUCCCUGCUGCCCAGUUCCUACCCUGUAGGAUGCCCUAACCCUGUGCCUGCCCUGGCCACAUCCUAGGAGCCGAGAGUUCUCUGUACCACCAGAGGUCUAGGCUUGGCAGAGAGGUGGCGCCUGUACUUGGUGCCCCAGUCCCACACUUUGGUGACUAGCUAUCCUGCCCCUGUACAGGGCCCUAGAGCAGAUGUGCUUCUUCCUCCUUUUCUAGCAGGUUCUGUAAAUGGAAAGGGCAAUAUAAAAGCCCUGGGCUGGGAGGCCAAGUUCCUGGGAUCUAAUCCUGGGCACAUCCCUGGCCAUCACUGGUCCCAGUUUAUUUGUGAAGUAGGGAGAGAAUCACGCCUCAGUGCCCAGGACCUCUCCAGCUCCUUGGAGGUUCUGGGAUGGGUCCUGUGGAGGGGGUGCUUGACUCUGCCACCUCUCCCAUUAGUAGCUUUAUCUGGCCCAUUUUUGCUGCUUCCGGGGCCUCUGCCUUCAAGGCCCCCAUGGGGCUGCCCAUCCACGGCUCUGCCUACAGAAGAGGCUUACUUGCAUGUGCCUGCCCUACUUCGCUGUUUUUAAUGAAACUGAAAAAUGACUUGACCUGGGCGAAGCUGAAGUGCAGAGCCCCAGCCCACUCUGCCACCCCCAGAUCUCUGGAACUUUGGGGAGAGGACCACUGGCUGGGAUGAAGAGCACUUCUGGCAUCAGUGGUUUCUGUGUCCCUGUGGUGCAGCAUGUCUGCCCCCAGCCCUGGACAGCGCAGGUGACUGCUGGCCCAGCCCUGUCUGUCUCCACUCGGGCUCAGCCACCUCAUUAUUUAUGUGGGGCCGUGCAGGCGCAGGCCCACUGCCUGUCCCCAUUUCUCUUAUUUAUUAAAACUUGCUGUUAUCUUUGCAUCUCCAUCCCCAUCCACUUGUCGAAGAAUAAAAGGUGGGAAAGUGGUGUA